AGAUGUGAAUGUGCGCUGUUGUGCGCUUCCACGAGCACCGUUAAAUUGUGCUUUUGUUUGGGACUCGAAAUGUUUCACGAAAUAUUAUCGAGGCUUCACGUUUCUAACGCGUGAACGGUUCGAGUUCGAGUCACGGGCACGGGAACGGCGCGUUCACCAGUCGAUCGUGAAUCGUGACACAAGGCUCCGACGGUAAUUAACGAUAUCCUUAAUUCGCGGUCGCAAGCAGUCGCAGUCGCGGUCACAAGUUAUUCGCGUACGUCGCAUGUCGCAUGUGCCCGCGGUACCCCGGGAAAAGCGUAGUGCAUACAUACGUACAGUGUACUGUCUUCAACGUGAAAUUGAUUUCCCGGAACGGUUCGAAAUAGGACGGUAAACCCCGUUCGAUCGUCAACGGAAUCGCUAACACUGACAUGCCGUUGCUUCGCAAACAGCCAUUCCAACGACUUCACGUCUCCUCGGACUUCAAAGAUGACGACGAAGUAUACCACUGUGAGGUUACCAACGAAAUCUUCAAGGACUACAACGAGUUCUGUGAAAGAAUUAUCUUAUGCAAUUCGCUCAUAUGGUCGUGCAGCAUUACCGGAAGGAGCAACAUGACUUUCGAAGAGGCUUUGCAAUGCGAAGAGAAUGCAAAGAAAAGUCUAAAAGAAUUUCCUAUGGAGUUACGAAUUCCUAUAUUGUACCUUGCCAGUAAAACGAAUAGAUCUUCUUUUAACGAGGUGGUAGAAGAUGUGUUUCAGUUUUCAAGAGAUCGUUUUUUUGUUGGAGAAAUGGUAGAGGCAAGUUUCACAGAAGAUUCUUGGUGUGAAUCUCAUGUUCUUCAAGUUAUUGCACCUUCGGAACAGCAGAUAAAAGUGUAUGCGAAAGAAAAUAGGAGUCCACAAGAACAAUAUUAUCAUCCACCAGCAAAAUUGUUUCGUUACGAAGUGGAACAGUUGGACUGCGGUGAAUCCGAUGUUAGCCAACUUAUGAUCGUUGAAGCAGGACAAGUAAGAAGAAAAAAGCAACAAUAUAGCAGAGAGCGUAACAAAAUAUUUCUACGUCAAUUAUGCGAGCAGAAUGAGAGUGGUAUUUGGAUUGUUAAAGACAGCGUUUUACAAAAGUAUGGAAUUAGUAAAGUACGUUUUGAUACGAUAUUUGCCGGUCCUCCACCUGAUUUCACGUCGCGCACUAAAAGACCUAUAAAACACAAACAGGAAACGAUAGAAAAAUUUCUUACCGCAGAUAUUUCAAAGCAAAAAUCAGUAGAGAAGCCAAACCCUCUGAAGAAGGUAAAUCAAACGGGAGUAGAUAUAAAAACGUUUAAAAAACCUAAGAGAACGAAUGGGAAGGUAUUCAAAGAUGAGCUUAAAGCAAAAGCACUCGAAGAGAAAACAAAAGCACUCGAAGAGAAAGCAAAAGCACUCGAAGAGAAAGCAAAACGUAAAGAAGAAAUAAUAUUGGAAAAUAGAGAACGUAAGAAAGAGGAGAAACUGAAACUAGCUGCUUUGGCUGCAUACGUGAAACAGUGGAAUAAGCCGAGGGAAGAUCUUGAAUGCGAGGAUCUCUCUCCGAUUCCGCAACCUGUACCCGUUGAAACUAUUUUGCCGAACAACAGGUUUGGCGACUGCUGUAUGAUCUUAGAAUUUCUAGAAUUUUUCAAUGAAGAAUUGGAAGUCGAUUCAUACUUUUCUGGUGGUAUUACUUUGGACCUGCUGGAAAAGGCAUUGUUAGCAAAGGAAUCAUCUGGGCCUUGGAGCGACCUUUUGCAGUUGCUAUUGUCAAGUAUCUUCAAGUAUCAAUCGGACGAGGAAGAUGAGAUUCAGGCAUCCGAUACAGUUGUAAAUGAUAAUACUGUCAGUGAGUGUGCUUCAACCGUGACAAAAGGAUUGGCAACAUAUCAGCGGUGUAAACUGUCUGAGUUGGCGUUAGAUCACACAACUUUAAGCGAGAUCUUAAGGCUGCACUUAUUAAGUUCUGACGAGCGAAUAGGCGAGGCUGCUUCUAAAUGGAGAUAUUCUCAAAGAGGUGGAUACACGAAUCAGGAUGAUCCCGCACUCUUGAUGAAAACGAAAGAAGCACACAUUUUGAAACAGUUGAGCUACCGCAGCGUCCACGAGCUUAGCUUCGACGACAAAUUGAAAGUAGCUGCGUGCCUCAUCAACCAAUUGCUUACUUUUGCUUCGUUACGAGAUUUGAUCGAAGAGAAACACGAGAAACUCCAUCAAGCGAAAAAAGAACUAAGAUCUUUCGUGUUGGCCGAGCAAAAGAAAGAAAAAGAAGAGAAAGAAAAAAUGCGGGAACGAGAGAAGGAUAAAGAUAUGAAAAACAUAUCGAAAAAAGUAACACGUGGUGUUGUCGAGGAGGAAAAAAGGAAGGAAGAAUAUGAGAAGAAGUUGAAAGAAUUACAGCAAGCAACUAAAGACGAUCAAAUGAUGCUUUACUUGGGCUCUGAUAGAGCUUAUCGUAGAUAUUGGAGACUGUUGUCAAUACCAGGAAUAUUUGUUGAGAACGAUGGGACUGGCGUAGGCACUUGUCUGCCCGAGGGUACGCCUUAUCAACCUGAACUGCAAGGUGGACAAUCUACGUACGAAUAUUUAAGAAACAAAUUCGAAGACGAGUUCAGCGACAAAGAAAAUAGUUUUAAAAAGGCGAAGAAAUCUCCCAAGAAAGUAACGUUCUCUGAUAAAAAUGGAUUGAAAUCUCCAAGGAAAGAUGUAAUGUCUAAGAAGGAAAUUAAGCAAGAAUUUUCUGACAUGAGGAAGAAUUUGAUGGCUUGCACAGGAGACAAAGAGUGUCCAGUCCACUGGGAGAGACCAGGACCAAAGUGGAGUUUCUUUGGAACGCAAGAGGAUAUAGAGGCUCUGGUGAAUGGUUUGAGUAAACGAGGCAUUAGAGAGGGCGAACUCAGAAAUAAUAUUAUGCAUGAAAUGGCAAGCUUGACAUCUAUCAUCGAAGAAUGUCCGAGGCAUAAACUCAAUCCUGCAGUGUUUUCAGCACCGAUCAAGGAACUUUCUUCUGUCAUAACCACGAAGAAAAAUAAAUAUGAGAACGCUAAUUUAAAUUAUCCUCCCGACGUGCCUGUCGAGGAAGUUUUUGAAUUUACCUUGAGAGAUUUUAUUUUAGAGCUCGAAGACAAAAUAAAAGCAGGCUGUUUGGGAAGUUUAAAAGUAAAUAAUCGCGAUACCUGGAGGCGUGCAGUUGGUAAUAGAUUUAAUCAAGGACAAUGUGAUAAAUUAGUGUAUGGUACAAACGAAGUAGACGGAGAUAGUGCUUUCAACGUAACAUUGAAUAACAUAAAAAGAGAAACUAGAGGUAGUAGGCCGAGUACCCCAGACUCCGAAGGCGAAAAUGUUAACGUAAAGCCUUACAAUUCAAGAAAAUCUUCGGGUUUAACAAAUGAAACGAAACCUUUUCCCGACAACAAGCAACAAGCGCUCAUCAAAGAUUUGGCUGAUGCUAUUUUGCAAUUAUAUCAUGCCAUUGAUCAGAAGUACUUAAUCAAACCGUUAAUUAAUGAAAAAGAUAAAAAGCAUCUUGAUGAUCACAAAGCAAGAUGGGAACAGUCUCUUUUGGCAUCCACAAGCUGGUCCCAGUUGUUUGUGCAUUUUACUACUUUAGAGAACUGUAUUUCGUGGAACAAGAGCGUUUUGAAUGCCCAUUGUUACAUAUGCAGACGACGCGGGGACGCCGACAAAAUGUUACUCUGCGAUGGAUGUAACAAAGGCCACCAUUUGUAUUGUUUAAAACCGAAACUCACGGCUGUGCCAGAUGGAGAUUGGUACUGUAAAACUUGUAAACGACCGACCAAAUCGAAGUCGAAGCUUAAGAAACGAAAGAAAUUUGAAGAUGAAUUAGAAGAGGAAGUUAUAUUGACCAAAGAGACUCGGCAUAAUCGCGCGAAGCGUGUUCUCGAGAGCGAGGAAGAGGAUCACGAAGCUGACGAAUUAGAAGAUGAGAGAUUUGGAAAUAUAAGUAGUCAAAUACAUGUAUGCACUACGUGUAGAAGCGGUGGCAAAUUAAUCAACUGCGAUUCGUGUUCAAACUGUUAUCAUUUAGAAUGUAUAGAACCUCCCAUAAUAAGACAUCCUCGUGGAAGAUGGAUUUGUUCGGAUUGCAAAGAUAAAAGAGAUAGGAGGACUAACACGAAACACGUGAGGGGGCGCGAAAGGGACAAGGAGAGACUCUGCGCUGCAGCAGCUCGCUCUCGCAUCCAUGGUUUUGCCAAAAGCCUCCUCACUACAGAAUCUACAGACUGGGACGAUAGUAACAAUUCAGAGGACACGGAACCAAGGCAGACUAGGCGAGCUGCAAAAAGGGCUGCUGAAAUAGAACAAGAAGAUAAGGGUUCGAUUAAAGGAUGUAUGACAAGACUGCAAGAUUUACUUACCGACAUCAGGCACCAUAGAGACUCGUGGCCUUUUCUGUCACCCGUUACAAAAGACGAAGUCCCGGAUUAUCACGAUAUUAUUACGAAUCCCAUGGAUUUCGGUACAAUUAAAUACAAACUCAACAAUGGAGAAUACGAAACAUUAGAACACUUUUUCAGCGAUUGUCAUUUAGUGUUUGAUAAUUGUCAAGCUUAUAAUGAAGAACAUAGUGCAGUUUAUAAUUACGUAUACAGAGCAGGUAUGAGGUUACUGAAGUACUGUGAGAAACGACGUAAAGAUCUCGGUCUGAAUUAUGAUGAGGAUGUGGUGCAGCCAUCGUAUGCAAAGAAACGAAGAUUGGAAGAAAAUGGAGUCGAUAGUAGCGGGGACGAAGAGAUGGAAGAACUCCAUAAGACAAGAUAGAAAUGGAGUAUAUAUUCCAAUAAUAUACUUAUUGGAUAUUACCUUUUUUAUUCCCGAUACGUAAAUUGGAUGUACCUUGAGAUUGUGUGCGGAUUUUUACACUCGUGUCGAGGACAGUGUACAAAUUCGUGUUACGGAAAAUGUUCUGUAAAUUAUAUAUUACCGAAAAGACUUCAUUCGCUAAGAAUUAGAAGAAUACUACAGAUAUAUGUAUAAUUGCAGGCUUGUCAUACGCA